ACAUUAUAUCUGAUUUCCAUAACAAUGAUAUUCAAAUUGGAAAUUGCUUUAAUAUUUUAUUGGUUGCAUAAUAAUGGUGCACUCCAUGUACCGCACUGUGUGUUGAAAUGUAAAGAUGCUCACAUGCAACAGAUGGAAAAAGAAUGGUCAGCAAACUUUGCAUUUCCAUUGCUAUCAUUACUAAAAGCCACUGGUAAUGAAACUGCAGCACAUAAUCGAGCAAUUGAAAUUUUUGUGCUGCUAAUUUUAGGCAAACUUCUUACUGUAGCAAUCAUAUUUUUUAGCAAAGCAGAGUACAUGUAA